AUGAAGGAGUCUAUCAUCGAACUAGACUACACCACUUACAAAGGAGUUGACCAAUGCCUUGAUAUGCGAUUUGCGGCACCACCUCUAGGAGAAAUUCGCCUUAGUGCACCGCAAGAUCCAUUGCAAGCCCUUGUAUUCAAGAUGCUUCAAAUUUCGGACCCUUAUGCGUCAGAACUGGGCAGGAUAUCGGUGCAUCUCUAG